AUGGCCCCCCUGGCUCAGACCCUGGCUCUGCUGGCAAUGGUUCUGCCAUCCACGGCCAUCAAGGAAUUUCCCCUGGACAUGGCCCCGAACUCCUUUGAUGACCAGUACCUGAACUGCGGCCCCGCCAUGGCUGGGGAGCUGUCGGCCCUCAACAGCUCCGAGUUCCAGCAGAACAAGAACUUUGCCCAGGUCUGGGUGAAGGCCACGGCCGAGUGGCAGAAGCGGCACUCCGAUUCAUCCCCGCUGUCCCCGGCUGAGGCCAUCGCCCUCAUGGCCUACACCAUGAGGGACGUGUACGAGGAGUUCAACACUGCCGUGCGCGAGGCUGGAAAAUCCAGCCAGGAAUACCGGGACAACUUCCACUUCAAAACGCUGCAUUUCCUGCUGACCCAGGCCCUGCAGAAGCUGAGACACCCUGGUAAGUGUGAGGAUGUGUUCCGGGGGGUGAAAGACACCCAGUUCACUGUGAAAGCCGGCGAGAAAGUCCGCUUCGGUCAAUUCGCUUCAUCGUCGCUGGACAAAAACGUGGCCGAGGGUUAUGGGACAGACACGAUGUUCGAGGUGCACACGUGCCAUGGCGUGGACAUCCAGAAGUUCUCCUUCUCACAAAGUCACAAAGAGGUGCUGAUCCCACCCUUCGAGACCUUUCAGGUCACUGAUGUCCAGAACCAAAGGAGCACAUUGAAAAUUGUGCUUCGAUCCACCGGGAACUCCAGCAACUACAACUGCGAGUGGCUGCGAGGUGGGAGCCUCCCCGGGAACUCCCCCCACCUCGGGGGACUCCUUCUGGCCACCGUGGCCAUGGCGGUGGCCAUUGGAACCCUCUAA